CAUUGUUAACUCCCUUGCUUAGUAUUGCUUUGAAGUGAAAGUUCAAUCUAAAACUAUACAAAUUCUACACUGCCAAGAUGACUUCGCACAAAAAGUUAACCAUUGUACCUUCACAGAACCCAACAAAACAACCCAAAUACCAUAACAGGKUAUAUUCCUCAACAGUGAUGUCCACCGAACUGGCAAAAAAACUCCAAGACUUGCGAAUAACUGGAGAUCUCUGCGACGUCGCCAUCAGUUCAGAGGCAAGCAUGUACAARAGUGAUGCUCACAGACUUGUUCUUGCUUUAAAAUCGCCGUAUUUCAAUAAGUUGUUCACCAUGGACAAAGAUGUAAAAGAGUUCAAGUUUUCAAAAGCGUUUGACCUUGAAAGUAUUGAAUGCAUCAUCAAGUACCUGUACGACAAAGAAUUGGAAAUCACGACUGAUAAUGUAGACAACUUUCUGCGUAUUAGUGUUUUGCUAGAGCUCCAGGAAGUACUUGAAGCAUGUUGCCAGUUCAUCACACGUAUCCUUAGUAUAUCCAACUUUUCCCGUUACCUCGCACUCGMCAAUGAACUACAAACGGAUUGGCUUGCGGACAAAAUCUUCAAGUUCCUGGAAUGGAACUUCUACGACCUUACAUCAACCAAGGAAUUCGUCAGACUGAAAAGCACCCAGUUCCAUAGGCUGGUCUGUGGUAAGGGAGUGAGAGUCGAAGGUGAAGAGACACUGUACAAUGCUAUUAUGAAGUGGUAUGAGCACAAGCCCGCUAGCAGGAAAUCAACAUUGCAAAACAUUUUACAAAGCGUUCAGUUCAUACGCAUGUCACCCAAGUUUCUGCAGGACAUCAAGCCUCAACUSGUCGAUUCUCUCGGUCUGUGUAAAGAUAAAAUCAAAUCUGCUCAAGCUCUUCAAACAGAGUCUCCUGAACAACUCGACAUUUGGGCAAAUGAUCGUCGUGAACACAUCCGUGACGUCAUAUACCUGUUUUCAUCUGGUAGUAACGAGGUUGACCGGUUUGACGAGGUUCAGAAUACAUUUGUACCUUGUCCACAGCUGARGAUUCMUCGCAAAGAAGGAGGCGAAGURCGAUACGCCGUACGAGUGGAMAAGUACUUGUUCUUGGUGUCCUCUCGAAGUGUGUUGCGUUGGAAUCAAUUUACUUUUGACUGGGAAUAUUUUGGUGAAGGGACAACGAUUAAAGAUGCUGGKGUCUGCGGUGGSAUGGACUCAAUAUUUGUCGUUGGAGGGAGAGAAGGUACGGCAGUAAAGAGUUUUAAUGUCAACGAAAGAACAUGGUCMAACUUACCACCCAUGUCAACUGGAAGGAGAGGACCUGGUGUUGUAGGCCACUCCAACGUACUGUACGUUCUUGGAGGGUUCAGCAUUGAGCAGGGUCAGGCCUUAUCAGAGGUAGAAAGUCUGUCYCUAGAGACCGGUGAGUGGACUACCCUACCUUCUAUGAGAAUUCCUCGUUGUCGACUGUGUUGCGUGAUUUGGGAAGACAAGAUCUUUGCCAUGGGUGGACGUGACAAUGUCACGAGUUACGUGACAGUUGAAACGUUCGAUUUGAAGACAAACACGUGGGAUGCGCCCAAGGAGCACAUGAACUACGCACGUGAAGACUUCUGUGCCACUGUCCACGARGGAAAGAUAGUCUGCCUUGGAGGAAGACGACUKCAGAGUGUUGAAUGGUUUGACCCUAACUCUACGGGAAAGUGGGCCGAGAUAGGAACGACAGGGGAGAACGACAAGAUCAAGACUGGAUUGUCAUGCGUGGCAUACAGUCCACCUUUUGAAGACUCUACUACAUUACUGACCGAAUUUUGAACGACCAUCGUGCACCAUUGAUAGAAUAUAAGGUCUUAUAUAGUGCAUGAGACAUUUUUUGCACUUYYUGGAUUUCCGCCUAUCGACCAUAUUMMUCUUCACAGAUCAGUAUCCACAGUUUUUUACGCUGUYUUAAAUGCAAACUCUUCCAUGAAUAUUAACAUUGAUGGUUGAAAUGGGUGUGGCAUAACGAAACUGUAGCUAGCUUACAGUUCUCCUUGCUUUCGACGCAGUGUUUCGCAUAGGUACUGCAUGUGCGGUUACCGGCUUUAAAGAAGGCGCAAAACUAAUUCUUAACUAUUGAUUUGAUUCAACAAGUACAAAGUCACUGUGAAAAUGGACUAAAACUUCACAAACUGCAGGGAAAUCUA